CGUCCGCUGUGACGUCACCGCCGCCUGUCGGUCCGGAGAGCGUUAGCCACAUUUAGCAUGUAAUGUUAGCAUGUUCUCAGAACUCGAUAAUAUCUUCAUAAUAAUGAUUAAAUAUGUUCAUAAUGAUGAUGAAAUAUGUCUCAGGAUGCGAAGGAUGUGAGUGUGUGUUUCCGUCCGCCGCUGAAGGACACAGACGCUCUUCUCCUCACACACAGAGUCCUGCAGGAGUUUCCCAUCAGAGUCCAGCCACAGUUCAGACCCUGGUUCCCAUCUGCGUCUGACGCUCUCAAACCCCUCAAACCUGCUCCUCUGAUCUCCUCCGAGGAUCUACAGAGCGUCUCUCUGCGUCUGGAGGAACCGGCGGACGCUUCAGACCAGCGGAGACCAGCUGAGAGACCCAAGCGCUCGUGGUGCGCCAUCGCAGACAGACGCGCGCCGCAGAAGAUCACACGCUCCUUCUCACGCCUCUUCCAGAAGACCGUGGAGAAACACGCACUGCAUCUCCGUCAGAGGGUCAAGUGGGUGGUGUGUGAGCAUAACUGUGGCCCUCGUGGCAUGGAGGAGCUCUGGCUGGAUCUGAACCGAGCCAUCAGACGCUCACGACUGCCCACGUGCAACGCUAACUACCAGAGAGCGCUAGCUCAGAUCUGGCUCUACUGCGACGUCUUCUACUCCGAGUACAUCGGGAAUCUCUUGAAGCAGGAGUUCCAGCUCUCAGGACAGAUCACCUUAACAUGCCAUAGACUCGGAGACAUCGUUAAGUUAUAGCUGUGGAAUGAUUUGUAUUUAUUAUUAGGUGUUUAUGAACUUGUUUUUAUGUGUCAUGCAUUUUACAUGUGUAUUAAAGGAGCUGCGGGUUUCACAUCC